CCCCCCCUUUGGAUGGUUUUCUGAAUGAGAACUCUUCCGCUUACCAGGCCAAACCUACAAAACCCCGUCGCCACAUUCCUCAGAAGGGAUUCUUUUUUUCUCACAAUGAAUGAUUCAUUUUUGCAGACAUCUGAGAGGACUUUAGAUGCCCCAGAUAUUUUGGAUGAUUACUACUUGAAUCUACUAGAUUGGGGAAGCAUCAAUGUUCUCUCUAUUGCUCUUGGGAGUACUGUUUACCUGUGGGAUGCUUCUGAGGGCAGCACUUCUGAAUUGGUCACAGUUGAUGAUGAAUUUGGUCCGGUUACGAGUGUUAAAUGGGCUCCCGACAGAAGGCAUGUUGCCAUUGGCUUGAAUAAUUCUGAUGUCCAGCUUUGGGAUUCCACGGCUAACAGAUUCUUACGAACUUUGAGAGGUGGCCACCAAUCACGAGUAGGAGCCCUCGAUUGGAACAAUCAUAUACUGACAACAGGUGGGAUGGAUGGUAUGAUUUUCAACAAUGACGUCCGGGUGAGAUCACAUAUUGUGGAAACCUACAGAGGACAUAGUCAAGAAGUGUGCGGCCUAAAAUGCCUUAAGGCCUAUGAGGAAUGGGUUACUCCUGGUGGAUCUGGAUCAGUCAAAGAUUCAUCAGAUCAAUUGUUGUUAACAAGGGCUGAAUGGCAAGAAAGGCAGAAAACUGAGUCAAGGCAGGCCGGCAGGGGUCGUGGAACAGGAUUUAGUGAUCACCGUGGCCGAGGUCGUGGGCGUGGCAGACCUAACGGGCAUGGACGAGGGGGCCGAAAUCCCUCAAAUAAUAACCGAAGUUUUGGACAGGAUGAACAACGUGGUAAACGCGACCGAAGGAACCUACGGUGUUAUAAUUGUGAUAAGCUUGGUCAUUUCUCCGCCGAGUGUCGGGCUCCUAGAAGAACCGAUGAUGAAGUUAAUCUAGCAAAGGAAGAGGAUGAACCCACUUUGCUAAUGGUAAAGAAUGUACAAGAUGUGGUGAUGCUGAAUGAGGAGAGAGUGUUUCCUUGUGAAUAUGCCAAAGAGAGCAGCGAGGAAGGCACGUG